CAUAUGUUCCAGUGUCUGUGGGGACAGUGAGCCUCAGCAGCAGUCUCUCGCUCCUGGACAACAACCGAGCAGAGCGGAAACCAGCUGAGGACCCACCCACCUCCAGCCUGCAUCGUCCCUUCCUCUGAUCAACUCCCUGUCCGCACAGUUCUGAAAAAUGAGUUACCCAGGAUACCCUCCUCAGUCAGGUGGAUACCCACCACAGGCAGGGGGCUACCCACCUCAACCAGGAGCAUAUCCACCCGCAGCAGGAGGCUACCCUCCUGCUGCAGGGGGAUACCCACCAGCAGCUGGGGGCUACCCUCCGGCAGCAGGAGGCUACCCCCCGCAGGCAGGCGGAUACCCACCUCAAGCUGGCGGAUACCCUUCCCAAGCUGGCGGUUACCCACCCGCAGCGGGAGGUUACCCCCAAGCAGCAGGGGGCUACCCUGCCCAGGCAGGCGGCUACCCUGCCCCUGCAGGAGGCUUCCCUCCUCAGGCCGGAGGAUACCCACAGCCUGGAGCAGGAGGCUAUCCUUCCAUGCCUCCAGCAGGUGGAGGCUGGGGUCAAACAUCAGGCGGUUAUGGCGCGCCAGGAGGAGCUCAGCAGGGAUACCCAGGAGGCCCAGCCCCAGGCCAACCCAUGCCAAAUUACCCUGGGGCCCCAGCCACAAACCCCUCAAUGCCUGGAUAUGGAAGUGGAGUUCCAUCAAAUCCUCAGGCUCCUGCCAUUCCUAAAGGCUACAGGGGAUCUAUUAAGGACUAUCCAGGGGCUGAUCCUCUGAGGGACGUUGAAGUUCUUCGAAAGGCCAUGAAGGGUUUUGGCACUGAUGAAAAUGCCAUUAUUGAACUUCUGGGAAGUCGCACCAACAAGCAGAGAGUUCCAAUGGUGCCUGGCUACAAAACUACCUAUGGAAAAGAUUUAAUCCACGAUCUGAAGUCUGAGCUCACUGGAAACUUUGAGAACCUGGUUGUUGCCAUGAUGAUGAGUCCCUCGCACUUUGACGCAUAUGAACUCAGAGAGGCUAUAAAGGGCGCAGGAACUGAUGAAGCUUGUCUGAUUGAGAUUCUGUCAUCACGCUCCAAUGCAGAGAUUCGUCAAAUCACCACUAUCUACAAAGCUGAGUUCGGGAAGAGCCUGGAGGACGCCAUCAACAGCGACACCUCUGGUCACUUCCGCAGGCUCCUGGUCUCUCUGAGUCAGGGAAACCGUGACGAAAGGGAGACUGUUGACAUCUCUCUGGCUAAACAGGAUGCUCAGAAACUUUAUGCUGCUGGAGAGAACAAAGUGGGAACGGAUGAGUCUCAGUUUAAUGCCAUCCUGUGUGCUCGCAGCAAGCCUCACCUUAGAGCAGUUUUCCAGGAGUACCAGCACAUGUGUGGGAGAGACCUUGAGAAAAGUAUCUGCAGGGAAAUGUCUGGCAAUGUGGAGGAUGGCAUGGUGGCUGUGGUGAAAUGCAUCAAGAACACCCCUGCAUACUUUGCAGAGAGGCUCCACAAGGCCAUGCAGGGUGCAGGGACCAAGGACAGAACCCUCAUUCGGAUCAUGGUCUCCCGCUCUGAGGUUGACAUGUUGGACAUCAGAAAGGAAUACGUGAAGACCUAUGGAAAAUCCCUCUACAAUCAUAUCUCAGGUGAUACCUCUGGAGAUUACAAGAAGCUUCUACUGAAGCUGUGCGGUGGUAACGACUAAAAGGAAAAGAAGCUAAACCCUCCUGUGGACAGUAUAUGUAUGUCCACACUGUAACAAUGUUAUAGGACUUAAUAUCACCUCUGAUGCAUGCAUUUAACAUUAGCUUUCCUGUAACAAUGGUAACUCAACAUUAGGUUUGUAUUCUCUGCAAUGACAUAGAUGCCACUGAUUGUCAAAAGUAAUUAUAUAUUAAUAUGAAGAGUUAUAAAACCACAGUAGAUAGAUUCAUCUUUAUUUGAUGAGAGGCAGAGGCCUAAAACAGAAAGUGAGAACAAGAAAAUGUCAAACUCAAUCAACAAAAAUGAAGGUUUAUUAUUGUGCUAACAAUGUUAUAUAGUAGUAGUAACUACAAUACUUUAAAUGAUCACAAACUGGAUACAGAGAGUUUAAUACUAUAAGAAAAAACAGUGUAAAAGAUGCAGGCAAGUGGCUCAUAUAGGAAGUAUAUUUUACACAAUAUAUCAUUUCAGCACUAUUGGGAUAAAGUUUGCUGCAUUGCCAAUCAUUCCAUGUAUGCAAAGUUAUAAAAAAAAACCUAUGUGAGACUGUUAAACUAGUUUGAGCAAAGAUAAAAUCUCAAAGGAUCAUCUGGUGAUUCUUUAACUAGUGACACAUAAAUCCAGCUUAUUGUUUUAAUGUAAGAAAUUAAGAUCCGCAAAGGACGUGUCCGUGCUAACUAACAAGAGUUUUACUUCUGCUUUAGAGUCAAUGAAGGUUAUUUUUUUGCUAUAUAUGUUUAUUUAUAUCAGCUCUACAAAACUCUAAUGUUCAGCUCCUGAAAUGUAAAACUUUCCAAUCAUUGCUCAGCAUUUUCAGACAGAGUUGCCUUUCUCUCAACAUUGAAAAGCCAAAGCAUAGAGACAGAUCAUGUUGUGCCUUUUGCCUGGGCUGCUAAGUGCAGAGAUUUCACUGUGCAACCAUUACCAUACAUGUGUUGUUGCAGAAAAUUUAAAAUUUACUUUGUUUGGUUUUGAAUAUUUUGUUUACAUCUUCUGUCAUGGUGUCCUGUACUGGUUUAUUCUGCCAGUAGAGGGCUCUUGGCUCAAUGAAGUGCCAUUCCUUAUGUCUGGCUGUGUUGCCUGCUGACUGAGAGUCGUCCAUCGAGCUGAAUAUCUAAUGCAUUAACUCUUCUUUUAAAUCAUCCUUAUAACAUGAUAAUGAUUGGAACUGAAUGGAUGCCUGUUUAAUGUUCUAACAUUUUGCCAUCUGAUUGUCCCAGUGUCUCCAGAGGCAGCCACUUGUCAUUUCAAUAAAAACAUUUUUGGCAUAUCUGGA